AUGGCCACAGAACACAUGCCCGCAGACACCAUGAUAUUAGAGAUUAUUGGUUUCGUGGUUACUGUUCUUGCAGCUUACUGUCUCCAAGCCAUUCUGCAAUACCGCACGCAGCGCAACCUUCGCUACAAGAAGAUGGCAUCGGACUUCAAUGCCGCAUCCUAUCUCCUGCACCUUACUUGCGACGCCGUUGUUGAACUCGACACGGAUCUUCGGAUGACUGAGCACACGCCUGCUCUUGCUGCAAUGCUUCUCCGGGGCCGACCAGGGGCAACCCUGGCCGGCAUGGACUUCACAGACCUUCUGGCGGGAGCCGCGGAAGCCGGGCGCGUCAAGGAGUGGCUUCGACGCUUUGAGGGCUGCCCGCCCGACCAGGUCAAUGCCCAAGCCUUCCACACACAUCUGGCGGACACUGACUCCAAUAAGUUUCAGGCAGAAGUGUUUCAAGUGAUGUAUCACACGCCCCAGGGGCAAGCGAAUCACCUUAUUGGCCUGCGCGACGUCACAGAUCAAGUAUCCCUCUCCGGAAGCCGAGCAAUCGAAAGCAUGACCAUGGCGGCGCGCUCUUACACACCGCCUUCGUAA